AUGAUUGUCCGACAAUUGAUGGGGCUUAAUCCGUGGGCCCGUGUGCUCGUACCGUUCCUGUUCGUGUGGGUGCUGUUUGUGUUAAUAUUCUACUCCAAGCUGAAUACCUCCGUCGCAUCCAGCACGUCCGUCAGCGGGGACGAUUCGCUGAAAAGGCUUGAACGAGCCGUCCAGCAACUGGAACGCUCAAAACAGAUCGAUCAAGAGCUGCGCAUGUUGGUCGACGAGUAUAUGACUGAUGCCGGCACGUCUGUUGAUCGGAAACAACACUUCAUCGACGAGCUGGGCAGCAAGCUGGAGCAAGAUGACAGUGCGGGAUGGUUUGCCCUUGGACGGCCACGCAACGGACCGUCGCUUGAAUAUGAACGAUUGCGGCGUCGCGUCGAUACAAACACUCAGGAACUGUGGAAUUAUUUGCAGUCGGAGGUGACGAAGGUACAAAAGCAGGCGCAGAAAUCCGCACCGGAGUUGAUGAAACCGCUGAAUGCGUUCCUUUCGUUGGCGGCAGAACACAAACGUUCCUUGCUGACGGAUAUCGAUCGAAUGCGUACCGUUGACGGUUACGAAGCUUGGCGACAUCGUGAAGCGGCCGAUCUGAGCGAGCUGGUACAGAAGCGAUUGACACGUUUGCAGAAUCCGGAAAAUUGUUCCACCGCAAGGAAGCUGCUGUGCCGGUUAAACAAAGGCUGUGGGUACGGAUGCCAGUUGCAUCAUGUCGUUUAUUGCUUUAUAAUGGCUUACGCGACCGAACGCACGUUGAUACUGAAAUCGAAAGGCUGGCGUUAUCAUAAAGCCGGUUGGGAGGAGGUGUUUCAGCCCAUCUCCGAUACAUGCUUGGACUCGAACGGAGCAUCCCAUGCAAGCUGGCCGGGACAGACGAACACACAGGUGCUAACGUUACCGAUCAUAGAUUCGCUAAAUCCACGUCCACCGUACCUGCCGCUAGCGAUACCGGCCGAUCUGGCUCCCCGGUUGAUGAAACUACACGGUGAUCCGAUCGUGUGGUGGAUCGGCCAAUUUCUCAAGUACCUGCUGAAACCAACUGGCGAGACGCAACAGAUGCUGGAAAAUGGCAUCGAGCGACUGGGUUUCAAAAAACCAAUCGUUGGAGUGCAUGUGCGGCGCACUGAUAAAGUCGGUACGGAAGCUGCGUUCCACGGUAUCGAGGAGUACAUGACUGCAGUUGAUGAGUACUACGAUCAGCUUGAGCUGAAGGAAAAGAUCGACAAACGGCGUGUAUUCGUAGCAAGCGACGAUCCCAAGGUGAUUGAAGAGACAAAAACUAAAUAUCCUCAAUACGAGGUGAUCGGCGAUCCAAACGUGGCCAAGAUGGCGGCUGUGUCGACACGAUACACCGACUCCUCGCUGAAUGGGAUCAUUCUGGACAUACAUUUGCUCUCACUCAGCGACUACCUUGUGUGCACCUUCAGCUCGCAGGUGUGCCGGGUUGCGUACGAAAUCAUGCAAAGCAUGUACCCGGACGCAUCUGGACGAUUCCGGUCGUUGGACGACAUCUAUUACUACGGUGGGCAGAACUCGCACAAUCGCGAGGUUGUCUUGCCACACGAUCCGAAAAGCCACGACGAAAUUCAGGUACGAGCCGGUGAUCUGGUCGGCGUUGCUGGCAACCAUUGGAACGGGUACUCAAAGGGUAAGAACCUUCGCACCAAUCAGGUGGGAUUGUUUCCCUCGUUCAAGGUGAACGAUAAGAUCGAAAUCGUGGAGUUGCCCACUUAUCCGGACGUGAAGUAG